ACAACAUUGUAUUCAGUCUCCACUACUUAUUAUGAAAAGACUGUGGAGAAAACGGUCUGGUCUACGAAUAUAGUCUACAGCACAGAUACGACUACCCAGGUACAGGUCCAACCAACCACAAUUGUCCAGCCAACAACCAUUGUCAAUCCCACCACUAUUUUUGACCAGCAGACAAUCACUCACAUUGAUGUUGACACUGUUACUGACACUGUCACUACUACUGUGAUUUCGAGCAUUGCUGGUCCAGCAACAACUAUUACUACGUGUCCAACUACUCCACUGAACGGGCUGGUCACAUGUACUUCAAGGAUCGUCAAUCCAACGUACACUCCCCCGCAUCCUUUGCCAAGCAACUACCUCUGGGGUUGCCCGCCUGGUACUAUUUGUACUCCACCACAGGUCGAUUGCAACUUUGAGCAGAAUCCUCCAGCAAGCAGUUAUGUGUGUGCUCCGAAAGAGUGCCAACCUCUUCCAGAAAGGACCGUACCAGAAGACUUUGCCGGAGAUUACCCAAAUCCAACACACGCCGAUUGUGCAUGGUAUGAGCCGAAUCCGGGAUUCUUCAAUCUUAACCCGGAGUUUUUCGGUCUCACUUUUGAUAUUUUUGAUAUCUUUGGCCAGCCAGUCUGCCUUCCACCGUCUCCCACAACCACCAAAAGCGGAUGGGUUGAUUGGAGCAUUGCUCCAGCAGAGUGUUAUACGGUCUUCAACUCGGCUAAUAUCAUCGCCCAAGACACCGGAAAGGUCGCACAAAUUCUCUGUCCAACUGAUUCAGAAUUCAUGCAGGCGGUGAGAAAGUGUGACUCGUGUGCUGCAGAUUACAGUACUACUGCUACGGCAACUGAUGAUUGGCCUGAGCUUCAAGAAUAUUUCAUCUUCUGUCGAACAAAUGGGACUAGC